GCCGAGCCGCGGCUGCAAAGGGCUGGGGGAUGGCGGCUCAGCCGAUCAAAAGCAAGACACUUGAGUAAGUUCUCGUGAAGAGGAUGAAACUUCAUGGACAUGGCCUCAGAUACUUGGAAUUUUUUCCCCUCUGGAAAAUUGGGGCAAAGUUAACUCCAGCUGAAUUAUUUCCUGAGUGCUAAAGCUCCACAGGUCAAUUGCAGGCUGAAGAUGUGGACAAAAUGGCUGAAAAAAGGGAUAAAUUUAGUUGUUUAUCGUGGCAAAAUGUGGGAAACAUGACAGCAAGAACAUUGUUUUCAUGUAAUAUCACAACAGCAUUUCUGUCUUUAAUGAUUGCAGAGAAAUGUGAAGCCUAUAGUGUGAUGUUGAGGCAAAGUCUUGUGCCUGACGGGCAGCCUCUUGCUAUUAAAUGUUCACUGGAAAAGAGCUUGAAAAGUGGAGACUACAACUUAACAUGGUAUAAAGUUGGUAACCAGACAGCUGUGCCUAGAGACAAACUUUCUAGAAUUCAUCAGCAGAAGAAUUUAAUUUGGUUUCUUCCUGCAAUGCUAGAAGAUUCUGGAGAUUAUGAAUGUGUCAUAAGGAAUUUGACAAGCUGCAAGAAAAUGUUUACAAAAGUAACAGUUUUUGAGAGGAUUGAUGGUUUAUGCUUAAAUGAAAAAUUUGCUGUGGAGGAGGUGAUCUUCACAUUAUCAUCUGCAAAGGUUGUGUGUCCACACUUGGAUCAUUUCAGGAAUGCGAAGAAUUUUCAGCCUGUUCGUUGGUAUAAGGACUGUCAGCUGCUGGAAGGGAAAAGGUUUACUUUCACAAACAGAGAUCUUAUAAUUUUCAAUGUGACUGUACAUGAUCGAGGAAACUAUACAUGUGAAACAACAUACACCUACAAUGGAAAACAAUAUAACAUUUCACGAGACAUCAGUCUGACUGUAGAAGUGAGCCCACCAAAAAAGCCCCCCGAAAUAUCUUAUCCAAGAAACAACUCCAUUGAAGUGGAACUUGGCUCACAGGUUACAGUGGAUUGCAAUACAACAGGUGCUGAUGGUUAUGAGGUGUUUUGGACAGGCAACGGUGUGUAUAUUGAUGUAUUUUAUAUGAGCAGAAUUUUUGCAAGUCCCUAUGAGGAGGAAACUUCUUAUGAUGGACGCCCUAUGCAUUCUGUGAAACUAAUAAUUUCGGAAGUGAAUAGUGAAGAUUAUGAACAACCGUUCAUCUGUCAAGCUUCAAAUGCCUUUGGGCAGGUUGCAUCCUAUAUUAUAUUAAAACACAGAGUUCCUGAUAUACAAAGGUCGCUGACUGGAGGGCUUGUCUCUUUCUUAAUUUUAACAUUUAUUACUUUAAUAAUCUACAAGAUUUUCAAGAUUGACUUCAUUCUUUGGUACCGUAAUUCUGUCUGUGCCUUUGCAAGUAAGGAAGAUGGGAAAAUCUAUGAUGCAUAUGUCCUGUGUGCAAAAAGCAGUGGAGACAGAAGUUUCUGUCGUCUGGAAACCUUUGUUCGUAGAAUACUCCCUGAUGUUUUAGAACAACAGUGUGGAUAUAAUCUCUUUAUAUUAGGAAGGGAUGACUUACCAGGAGAAGCUGUGAUCAGUGUUGCUGAUGAAACCCUUAAGCAAAGCAGAAGGCUGAUGAUUGUUCUGGGAUCAGAAACAUCAAGUUGCUGCCUGUUAGAAGACACUACUGAACAACAACUAGCUAUGUAUAAUGCUCUCAUCCGUGAUGGGAUUCAAGUGAUUCUUAUAGAAAUGGAUGAAAUACAGGACUACACAGGCAUGCCAGAAUCAGUCAGAUACAUUAAGGAAAAACAUGGAGCUAUCCAAUGGAAAGGGGACUUCUCAGAGAAAUCUUGUUCAGCAAAUACAAGAUUCUGGAAAAAUGUCCGCUAUCACAUGCCAUCUAGGAAGAAGGUGUCUUAUUCUGAAGUGUAUUUGUUACCCCUAACUUUGAACAAAUCUGCAGCAAAAGGAAGUUAAGGUGCACUUAUUAAAAUAAUACUGAGAAGGUAAUUCUGAAAUGCAGAAUUUGUAACACGAAUUCUUUAUAUUACAAAGUAAAUGUUUUCUUCAAGGAGCAAAAACUACUGAUCCCUUCCCCAAAUUACACCUUAAAAGAAAAAUUCUGUGCAACUUUAUUUGUGUUCUGGGUUUUGGAUAGUGACAAAAUUUGUUGUGUUAGUCUCACGCAGAUGUGAGACGUAAACAUUACUGAUGGUGGUAGGCUAUUAAAUAGUCCAUAUAAAUGCAAUAUCUACUGAAGAAGCAGCUGUGAAGUCCAUUUUUAAAAAUUGAAACUGCAAUUGAUAAGUUACAAAUCUGUUUCUGUCAUCAGCAUUUUCUUAGUCCGUAUGUAUCUCUUUGUCACCUUUUUGUGACUGACUUUCCUCAUUACUGCAAGAGUCAGCACUCUGCAAGCUUUGGGGUCCCCUCCUAGGCAACAGGCCUUAUCCUUGCUUCUUGAAGGGGUUGGGGAAAUACAUGACAUAGCAGGUAUAUUUAAAACUCCUCACAACACUAAAUGUGUUUCAGCUGAACAGUUGGUACCAAAUGUGUUCAGCAAAUGGAAUGGAAUCCAUGGCUUUUUAGAUAUUUGUUGAGUAAUUCUGUGAUACCUGGUCUCUGUGGUGUUUCUAAACUUAGUCUCCCAAAAUGGUCAGGAAACUGAAAAUAUUUCAGAUUUCUUGCAAAAAGGAAGCUUUUUAGACUGUGCUGCUACUCUGGAAAUCAGAUGUUCUCAUUCCAUGUCUCAACUGUGCUAACUGCAAGCACAGAAGUUCACUGACAGUCUUAUCAAAGGACUGUGCUUGGGCUGUGUAUCCUGGAGAGAGUGGAAAACGGCCAGUUCUGAAACACGACUAGGUGCUAAUGACAAGAAAUAAUAUCUUGUCGACUUGUGAAAUUAAAAACUAGAGGCCUGUGGCUGUAUCAGUCUGCUUGGGAGGAGUUUGGUAUUUCUGGACCCCAAUCCAUUGUUCUGUGUGCAUCACCAUGAGAAAACCACGUGCUUCUUCCUUUUCAAGGUGGUCUGAAGUGGCAAGAGUUUUCAUGCUCCAGCCUUGAAGAGCAUCAUCUGAAUGCAAAUGUGAAUUCUGCUUGGGUUUUUUUGUUCCUGAAGUUAAAUGGGUUCUUACAUUAUCUUUAUUGCCAGGAUAGCAUCUGUCACUGAAUUCCUUUCAGCCGGUUCUCAGAAGUGUGUAUGCUGUAGAAUGUACUCUUUGUUGGGCUGUAUUGAUGGGAGAGAAAACAAGGUCCAGGAGGUGAACAUACGUUUAAAGUGAAAGAUUUGCAAUAGCAUUUCAUGGUACCUUUUCUUGGAGUAGGUCUAGCAAAUACUCCUUGUGAGCAGUGUCUCAUCCUCCUGGCUGUGUUCACAGCUGUGUAGUUUUCCACAGCCUCCAUUAACUAGAGACUUCUGAGAUGUUGCCAUGAAAACCAAGGACAGGGUAGAUCCAUCAGAUGAGAUACUAUUGUUCUAGUAGAUGUUGUCUCAGUCUUCUUUGGAAAUGCAUAAUGUUUAGGCUUUAAAAAUAAAUUUAGGAACCUAGAGAGUUUAGAUAAUCAUUAUUGUCAAAAUUUUACAUUGUGUUUAGACUUAGACUUGCUCAGAAGGGUGUUGAAAAAUUACACUUUCCUUCAAAGAUUUUUUUCACUUGUGUUUAAAAACAGAACCCUCUUAUUUUCCAUGUAGAAUGAGAAAUA